AUGCUCUCAACUCCGACAGCACUCCCGACCCCUCCGGUGAAAGGUCUAGCCUUAUCAAGAAGGCCGUCGGACUCUCCAGAUCUGACUAUUCCACAGCCAACGCCUUCACCAAUGAUCCCUUCGACGCUGAAUUUCAAAGAAGCACUGUCAGGAUUGACGUCGGCGAAUCAAUCAAGGAGAUACCAAUGGACCUUCAUCGAAGAUAAAUAUCUCGAACCAUCGUCUUUUCAAGGGGAACUAGCUCUCAAAAUUUCGGCAACAUUAAAAGAACGACUCUACCAACCGUGGAAGAAAACUCUCAUCGUCAGACUGCUUGGCAGAUCGAUCACCUAUUCCUAUCUCGUCUCUCAACUGAAGUGGAAAUGGAGACCGGUGUGUUCUUUGGAGAUUAUGGACCUCAACAACGAGACCUUUUUGGCGACUUUCAGAGACGAUUAA